AUGAUAGAGGCCAAAGAUGUAGCUGUUCCAUUGGGAGGUCAUUUUGAUUUGUCUUCAUAUCAAUCACCAAUAACAAAAGAUGAAGCUAGAUUUAUGGAGAAGAUUCCUUUUGCAGAAGCUAUUGGGAGUGUUAUGUACGCCAUGAUAAGUAUCAGGCCUUACAUUGCUUAUGCUAUGAGUGUGCUAAGCCAAUUUAUGGAAAAACCAAGUAAAGAUCACUGGAAAGGACUAGAGUGGCUACUGAGGUACUUGAAGGAAACAUCACAAUAUGGUUUAGUGUUCAGAAAAACAAGAAUGAAGGCCCAACUUGAAGGUUAUGUAGAUGCAGAUUAUGCAUCUAAUAAAGACACAAGGAAGCCUCUAACAUCUUAUUGUUUUCUUUUAAAUAGUUGUUGCAUUUCAUGGAAGUCUCAGUUGCAACCAAUUGUUGCCUUAUCCACAACCGAAGAAGAAUUCAUGUCCACAACAGAAGCGUUCAAGGAAGCAAUAUGGCUCAAAGGAUUUCUUGGGGAAAUCAGAAUUUCAAAGGAGAAAGUAAUGAUAUUUUAUGACAGGCAAUCAUCCAUACACCUUUGUAAAAACCCUUUACAUCAUGAGAGGUCAAAACAUAUAGAUGUUAGACUAUUUUGGAUCAGAAAUAAGAUAGAAGAAAGGGUUAUAGAAUUAGAAAAGGUUCCAAGUGAAGAGAAUCUUGCUGAUGUAAGAACCAAGGUCUUGACACAAAAUAAGUUUCAGCAUUGUUUGAAACUUAUGAACAUUGGACUAGAAUGA